AUGGGUGGAAAAUUGGGGAAAAGAGGUUGGUCAUUUGAUGCAACUUGGGUGUCUUAUAAUUAUGACAACGUCAAUUCCGAUUUGGCACGUCAAUGGGCGGAAAAUAUACAUAAUGACAACCAAUAUCAACUUGAAGAAGAGAUGCUUGAUUUCAUGAACGCCAAUGAUGGUUAUAAAUAUUGUAUUUCGCCAUCCUUGAGCUCCAACCCUGGGGAUAUAUCUAAGAACGCGUUUGAUGACUCAGUGGACCAGACUCCAAUGCAUGGAGAAACGUACUUCAACACAUACGGUGGUGUUGACGGCGAAUGCAACGAUUUUUAUCAUCGUUUAACAAGCGACUGUAGUGGAUUCUGA